UGUAUUCUAGGGAGAAGAUGGUAAAUUAGAAGUAACGAUGAAAUAUCCGCAUUUGUUCCCCAUUACUAAAAAGUGCCGUGUGCCAGACACAAGAAGACUAAUGGUCACUGCCAGCCAAUCAAAGUGCAUGGAAGAAAAUACUCCUAUCCUUGAAGAACUGAUAUCCUUGCGGCAGAAACAAGCUGAUUUACUAAAUUAUAAAAAUCAUGCUGCAUACGUCUUAGAAGAGCGUAUGGCCAACAAUCCCGAGAACGUUGCUCAGUUUCUUUCUGGUCUCGCUGAAAAGCUCCAGCACUUGUGGAAGCAGGAGAAGUCUGAUAUGCUCAACUUAAAAAAGGAGGAGUGUGAAAAAUGCAACUAUGAAUACUCAGGUAAACUGGAUUUCUGGGACUUUCGGUAUUAUAUGAAUCAGGUAGAGGAGAAGAUGUAUGCUGUGGACCAAAAUGAGAGACCGAAUUGGUUGAUUAUUGCUGUGCCACUACUUGCUCUUGUGUCUGACUGGAAGCUUGGAGUAGGGCUGGAAGAAAUGCAGAACGAAGCAAAUGAGGAUCAUUUUAGGAUGCUGUGUCGAUCUGCCAAAAAUUUAAAGUGCAAAAAGAACUUGAUAUCCCAAGCAUCAGAGAUGUUUGUUACUUGA